AUGUCAAAGGGCGGGAGCGACCAGCUUGAUUCGCAAGAUCGGAGGGGUAAGCCUGUGGAAAAAUUGGUUGCUAUUGGUAGUCGCGAGGAGAAGAAAAAGAGGAAAUACCAGCACCCUCUUUCUUUGCCGGCUACGACUAAGUGGGGUAGCGAUGAAGAGAUCACGCUGGAUCAGCAGAUUACGGGGACAGGUGGAUGUGCAAGCGAUGAACACCAGGAUGCGAAGAGUGACAUGUCUGCUGAAGACAGAGAUAAGAAGUUGAAAUCGAAUAAUCUGGGAAGGCAUGAGAGGCACAAUAUCAGAGUGACGGGGCAGGCGAGACCGGGUCGCCUGGACGACCUCUCGCGGGAUAUUGUCGUGACGCAGGAGUGGAAAGUCAGCUCGAAGUACUAG